UGCAAUUAUGAUAUAAACGGACGGCCACGAUCUGACGAACCUUACUCGAUGAAGAUACGUCAACCAGUGGUCCAAUUCGUCCAAAAGAAAUGUGGUGUCUCAUCUUCGGUUGUCUCAUCUCGACUGUGAUCGGGUCGCCAGAAUGGAACUAUGACGAUGCCUCUAUUUGGUGCCAGGACUUCCCAAUUUGCUGUCCCGAAUCUCAACGACAGUCUCCAAUCAACAUCAGAGAGAGUCGAGCCAUCAUGACAAGCUUCCCAUCUCUUGUCACUUCCACUUCAGCUACUUCGCCAUUGUCAGGUGUGGUCAAGAACAAUGGACAUACCAUUCAAUUCGACGUCGACUUAAACCAACCCAAAUUUACAAUCUCCGGAGGACCUCUAGAUUCCGACACUUACGAAUUCAUCCAAUUUCAUUUGCAUUGGGGGAGCAUCAAUAAAGUUGGAUCGGAGCAUAGUUUCGAUGGGAAAUUUUUCCCUGCCGAGAUCCAUCUUGUUCAUGUAAACACGAAAUAUGCCACUACUUCCCAGGCACUGGCCGCAGCUGAUGGCCUGGCAGUCAUUGGAAUAUUCAUGGAGAGGGGAAGAGGCCGAAAUAUAGCUUUGAGGCCCAUGAUGGAUGUGCUGAAUGACCUGGAAAUGCCGGACUCGUCUGUGUCUGGAGUACAGAUCGACCUCAACCAAAUCUACGCCAAUGUGGCCGACAAAGACCGAUUCACAACCUAUCUGGGAUCCCUGACCACACCUGGAUGCAAUGAAGCUGUCACCUGGAUCAACCUAUUGGACCCCAUUCCAAUUGGACGGACUGACCUGUUGGCUUUGCGAUCGAGAUUGAACAACGAUAUGAUUCCCAUGCAAGACAACUUCCGUCCGAUUCAAUGCAAUGCUCAAACGCUGAGAAUGAAUCAGAUUUAGGCUUGUGGAUAGCUUAUCAUGACCAGAAACAUUUUUGAUCGAAAUCUACCGACAAUCCGUGCCUGAGUUUUGAGCAACUUUUAAAAAAGCAUGAAUACACAUUCAACAGAUCUUCCUAAAUUGGCGAUUGCAAAUAAAGUUGAAAAUUUUA